AUGAGCACCAAAAACUCUGACUCAUUUGUGGAAGCUCCUGCCGGCUUAUCUAAUUUGUUGUUUGCCGAUGAAAAACAGCAGGCAAGAUUCGAAUUGGGUGUAUCCAUGAUGAUAUACAAAUGGGACGCACUAGAGACUGCCGUACAGAACAGCUGGGGUGGACCAGAUUCUGCAGACAAGCGUGACUGGAUUACCGCUAUUGUAGUUGAUAUGUUCAAGAAUGAGAAGGUCGUUGAUUCUCCAUUGAUCGAAGAGACACUGCUAUAUGCUAUGCUUGAUGAAUUCGAUACCAAUGUCGAAGACGGCUCCGCAUUGCCCAUUGCUGUGCGCAUAAUAGAGAUUUAUAUCGAAUGCCAGCAGCAAAACUACUCUACAGUGUCUGAAUUGUACGAAAAAUGGCUCGAGAAAGAGAAAAAUAGAGCUGACACAGCGCCAAAGUUAGUUAAGGUGGAAGAAGAUCCAUUAAACCCUGAUAUGUCAUCGUCAGAUGGUGAGGAUGACGAAGAAAAUGAUCAGAAUACAAAUAGCGUAGUCGAAGAAGAUGUUGAUAUGGAUAGCGCCAUACCGGAGCCUAUAGUAGAUGAAGACGGUUUUGAGCUAGUUCAAAAAAUAGGUAAGGGGAGAAGAUAUUAA